AUGGCCCAGCACGCCGAGGCGGCGACCAUUCCUUCGGUCAAGGAUCUUGCAAGUAGCGAAGCAUCUGUCCGACGUGCAUGUCUCAAUACCAUCAUGACUUACCUGAAUGAUCAGAGCGCCUCGUCGCCAUUAACGCUAACCGAAUGCCUUCAAAUCUGGCGCGGCUUCUACGUUGGGCUUUACAUGCAUGACAGCAGGUAUGCGCUCUCGGUCCAAAGUCUCGUUGCCGAACUUGCUGGAACGCUCAGAAUCAUGAACGAAAAAGACCGCGAGUCCACCGCAGAUGAAUUAGACAGUCAAAGCAAAUCAUGGUUAGAUACAUGGACGGCAGCAUUUUGGGAAACGGUAUGCAGAGAAUGGUCUUCGAUUGAUCAGUGGCGCAUGAACAAAGUCCUCUUGCUUGUGCGUUUCAUUGUGCGGGAACUGUUCAACCUCACGCUCGGCUUGGUAAGCACGGGGGAACCGGCAUCACAACAUCGAAUUGCGAGGCAACUCCAGAUCCUGGAAAUCUGGCCCCUUAGUCCCCGCGAGCGCAAGGUCCCCGAUGGAAUGAGGCUACAUGUCCUAGACAUCUGGGUUGAAGAGCUUGCCGGUCAACUGAGCGCGGCUCAAAAGGUCGUUGACGAGUCUGGGCAGAGUGAUGGCGAAGAGAAGAAAGUGGCCCUCCUGGCUACUGCGAAAGCUUUCAUGGCUCCUCUUGACAAGCUGAGCAAAGAAGCACUCAGUAAGGGAGUGAAGCUCAGGGCGAAGGAGGCUAUCAAAUUAGCCGAGGAGAAAAUCCUCGGGAUGAGCUAA